AUGACCUCUGAUAAGAAAAAGGGGACAUGUGGAGUAGCUUUUGAAACUAUACUAAAUGGACUUGGGUUGUUAGGAAAUCAAUUCCGCACUGCCUUGAUAGUUACAAAAGAAGUUGUGAAAGACAGUGUAUACCCCUUAAAAGAGAAUUGUAUAAGAAGAUAUUACGAGGUGAAUCCAGCUUGGCAUGACAUAGGCAGUAAGACCAGCGUUCCAAAUCAAAAUGCUGUACUAUUUGCAGACUCAGGAGCAUCAGAAACUAUAGAUACUCAAAGUAGUAUUAGGUCUACACUUUAG